GCCACACGAUCGUCAGUUUGGGUUUUCUGCAAGAGUCAGUGCUUCGCGUCGUUGCUCGUUGGCCUGUGUUUUUGCUUUAAGUUCGUUAAAUUUUUGUUUAUACAUAUUUUUUCAUCAUUCAGUGAUUAUUUUGUUAUUUUGUGAGCUGUAGCUUCUGUUGCAAGUGAAAUAGAAAUAGAUAUUGGUAUGUUAAGUUAGUCGACUGCGCCGUUGCAACACCAAUACAAAUACACCAAAAAUUUGUUGCAAUCCGUUGCGUGCCGUCACAGCCAGCAGCCGUCACACAAUCACACAAACAUAAACACACAUACACACAUGCGCAGACACUCACGAACACAUACAGCGACGCAUGCGCUGCAACAUUUACAAGUUUGUGCAUGAGUGCAGGUGUUUCUUCGUGUGGUUCGGUUGUUUUUUUUUUUGUGUGCCGCCAGUUCGCUGCGAUCCCUAGACGAGUGCGCGAGUUUUGUGCGUGGCGAGUCGUGAGUGAGUUUUCCAGUUCGGAAAUUUAACGGAAACCGGCCACGCUUUCAUCAUUAUCAUCAUCAGAGAGAGAGAGAGAGAGAAGAAAUAUAAUGCAUGACCGUUAAAAAUUCGCAAGCUCAGCAAAUACGUAUACGUAUAUCAUAUUUUUUUUUGUUUUGUUUUGUUUCAAGUGUUGCACCAAACAAAAUAACUAGAACUAAUUGAAAGUUGAACACCAAAACACAAAAACAACAACAACAAUAACAAUAGCAGCAGCAGCAGCAUUAACGACAACUGGAUUAACGAGAAAUUGUUGCUCGUUAUUAUGUAGGAAGGACUCUGCACAACAGCAGCCACAGCAACUGUAGAGUGAGCAGGACGAGCGCCAACUGAAACUAAAAACUAAAGCGGCAACUGCAACAGCAGCAACAGUGUGGGGCAAGCUUUGCCAACUAUCAUUGUCUUUGGCAUUGGGCAGGCAACACAUUUUAAUUGAAAAAGUUUUUGCUCUACGGCAAAACGUCACACAAAUAUGACUGUCAAAUUGGCCAAACUCUUUGGCAGCGGCAGCAGCAGCAACAAAUCCAAGGCAAACAGUGGCAACAGUGCGCCCAAUACUGCGCCCUUAAGUGGCCAUGGCCAAAAUAUGCAAUUGCCAGCGCCGCCAUUGCCGCCACCCAAUGGCAAUGUGAAGCUGAUUAAAUAUUGCGAUCAUCAUGAUCGCCAUCGGCCGGCGGCAAUGACCAUUUAUGGGCAUGCUUACGAAUGCAAUCAAUUGGAAGUGGAGCUCGAGAAUGAUUAUGAUGACAACAUGUCGUUAAGCUCGACCUACAUGCAGCGCAAUCAUCCCUACAACAACUCACAGCGUCCACUGCUGGGCGAGCGACGUCCCCAGCUGCUGCUGGCCAAGGCCGGUGGCAAGAAAAAGGCAACAGCUACGCCCAUGGCCGGUAUACCACUGCCAGCUCCACCCUUGCCACCGCUGCGCAACGUUAACGCUAUGGGCAAGAGCAAUGCCAGCGGCAACGGCCAUGUUAACGGCUGCGCCAGUGCCGGCGCCAAUGCCAACGUCAAUGGCAGCGCCGACGUUUACGUCUCGCCCUAUGUGCAGCAACAGAAGCGGGACAGCGUCAAAGGAUUGCAUGGCUUUAACGACUUCGAUGCGCUCUCUCAGCAGUACAAUCAGCAUCUGCAGAGUCCACACAUUGGCUAUCCGUAUGGCAGUCCGCCGUCACCGACGGCGCAAUCCAGUGACUUCUGCUUUGAUAGGGAGCGCGAGAAAUCCUUUAAGGCCGUCUCAUCCACCAGCUCGACGGCCACAACCAAAUCGAAUUGUAGCUCCAGUUCAGCUGCAAAUGGUUCGCCGCCGCGCAAUAUUGGCUAUCAUGAUGCUGGCAAUUAUCUGGACACACAGCACACACAGGCACACGCACACGCACAGCCGCACACACAGUUGCUGUUGCACUCGUCACGUUUCGAGGAUGAUUUCUGUACGCGUCGUAAUGUCGAUUUUCUGACCGAUGUUGAGCGGUCGGGCAAUCCAACGGGCACCACUGGUCCCUUCAUUUUUGGCAUCUCACAUGAGCAGCAGCAAACGGAUUAUGGCCACCGCAGCAGUUGCAGCAUCGACAGCAUCACCAAAACUGCUAACACCAAGAGCAACGGCAACAGCAACACCAGCAGCAAUAGGACCAGCACCAACAACAACAAUCUCUAUCAGCCUGUGAUAAAUGCCACGCCCGUUAAGGAGCACAAUGCACUGCAACAAUCGCUGAGCGAUACGAGUGCGGACAGCGGCAAAGGUGCAAAGUUUUUAUUGCGGAAACGCAAAUCGAAGAAGACAGCGGAAAGUCCAAGCGUUGCACUUGCAGCGGCAGCAGCUGCGAAUGGCGAGCACAAAGCUAAACGCGGCACACAGCCUUCAGUCAAAUGCGUGCUUGUUGGCGAUGGCGCUGUUGGCAAAACCAAUUUGAUCUUGUCAUAUCUGGAGAACCGAUUCAAUCCGGAGCAUGUGCCGACGGCAUCAGAUAUUUAUAACGUUGAAGUCAAUGUGAACGAGAGCCCAGUGCAUUUGACACUCUGUGAUACCGCCGGCCAGGACACGUUGGAUCCAUUGCGUGAGCUGAGCUAUCCCGAUAGCGAUGUCUUUCUGCUGUGCUUCUCGGUGGUGAAGCCCGAAACGUUCGGGGCCAUCAAAUCGAAAUGGGCUCCCAAAUUUGCCAAAACGAAGGCGGCACUCAUACUGGUGGGCACCCAGGCCGACUUGAGGAGCAAUUUGAAUGUGUUGAAUAAAUCGCAGACAAAUGGCGAGAAACCAAUUUCAUAUGCAGACGCCUGGGACUUGGCAACAACAAUUGGUGCCAAAUACAUCGAGACUUCCUCAGCCACACAGGACAAAGUCAAAGACGUCUUUGAUACAGCCAUUUGGGAGGGCUUGGUGCCCACAACAUUGCCGCCCACGCCGCCUUUCUGGAAGAAGCUCUUUUGCCUUGCCUGAGAGAGCUGCGCAAACUAUUUUUACAUAGUUGCGACUCGAAAAGAGAAACACUCAAAAAAAGAAAUUAAUCUAUUUUUCUUAAGUUUAUAUAUAUAUUUAAAUAUAUAUCUUAAGAAUUAUUUCUCGACUAAUUAU